CCAUCUUCUCGAAGAUAUAGAUCAAAGGAAAUAGAAGAUUUUGUCGAAGGAAUCCAAGAUGUCAUGCCCUAGACCAUGUUUCGCAACAGCUUUUGAGGUAUUAUUGAGCAGUGAUGACAAAAAGGAACGAAACUCAGACUUUAAUGCAUCUACCAAGUUGAAGCACUCUCUCAACCAAAAGAGCGGAAGAAGAAAAAGUGAUGCUAUCUCCAUUGAGGAUGUCAGGGAUGUGGAGGAGCUCCAGGCCGUUGAUGCCUUCCGACAUGCAUUGUUAACCGACGAGCUGCUUCCAAGUAGACACGAUGACUAUCGCAUGAUGUUGAGGUUCUUGAAAGCCAGGAAUUUUGACAUUGAGAAAGCAAAACUCAUGUGGGCUGAUAUGAUACAAUGGAGGAAAGAGUUUGGCACUGAAACCAUUCUUCAGGAUUUUGAUUUCGAAGAGAUUAAUGAAGUUCUGGAGUAUUACCCGCACGGUUAUCACGGUGUUGAUAAAGAAGGCAGGCCUAUUUACAUUGAAAGACUGGGGAAAGUUGAUCCUAACAGACUCAUGCAAGUUACAAGCAUGGAUCGAUAUGUAAGAUAUCAUGUAAAGGAGUUUGAGAGGGGCUUUAUGAUCAAGUUUCCUUCCUGCACAAUUGCUGCUAAGAAGCAUAUUGACUCCAACACAACUAUUUUAGAUGUUCAGGGACUGGGAUUGAAAAACUUUACCAAGUCUGCUCGGGAGCUUAUCACACGAUUACAAAAGAUCGGUGGGGAUUAUUAUCCUGAGACUCUACACCAAAUGUUUAUUGUGAAUGCAGGGCCUGCAUUCAGACUGCUUUGGAGUACUGUGAAGAACUUUAUAGACCCAAAAACAACAUCCAAAAUUCAUGUCCUUGGAUACAACUAUAUGACCAAAUUGCUUGAAGUGAUUGAUGUCAAUGAGUUGCCUGAGUUCUUGGGAGGUGCAUGUACUUGCGCGGAUCAAGGUGGUUGCAUGCUUUCUGACAAGGGACCAUGGAAAAACCCGGAGAUUGUGAAGAUGGUGCUUCAUGGGGGAGCAUAUCGGACGAAGCAAGUGGUGAAAGUUUUGAACAGCGUGGGGAAAGUCAUUGAUUAUCCAUGGAUAAAUGGAAGUGACACUUCCACUGCAGAGUCUGGAUCUGAUGCAGAAGAUAUUGGGUGAAACGAGCUUGGCCGGUAGUUUUCCGGGCUAUAAUGAGUAUGCACCCAGUGGCGGAGCUAUGUAGUGGGGGAGGAGGGGGGUCAGCGUCACCCCUAUCACUUCUAUAUAAAAAAAAGAAAAGAUAUUUCAAUUAUGUUUGUUAGGUAGUUGUUCGAAUCUUUAGUUUGAUCCCCAUGUUUUAAGAUCAAAUCUCUCCCUUGACCCAACUUAAUACUCUCUUUUUU